AUACUUGUAUCCAUAUCUGUCAUGAGCAACGCAUCAAAUGUACAUAAGUUAGGCAAAGAGAAGAGCUGGACAGUUUUUGCCCAUGACCUGGUAUGUAGAGGGUUCUAGGACUAGGAGAUAGAUAGAUAGAUAUAUAUACCGUACUACAUGUCACGAAGGAUUUCUAGAUAUCUUAGAAUUUACCAAAUCACAUGCACACUUACAUAAGUACAUUCAAAAAUAAAUGGAAAGGAGAGCAUAUCUAGAGUAGAAGAAACACAUCACAUGCAUAUAUGCAAUUGCAAUCUAGUUCGUUCUCGUCCCAUGGAAAGGGCUAUUACUUGUUGAUAAUUUAAACAAAACUCGCUGUGUUAAUCAAAUGAUAAGGUAAAAUAAGUUUACUAUGUUUACUGUUUUAGUACGUUAUAAACUGAAUGUAUAUCUCCAUAGUUAGUAAUAAUGGCAAAAGGUGGUAUAAACACAUCGGCUAGAUAUAGUAAUCAGUAAAUACAUUCCCUUAAUUAGGCUAGAUAUGGUGAUGGCCCACCGGCUGACCAUUUAUUCGAUUGCGUGAAUUACGAACCAUCUUUUCAUCACUUCCAAUCUAAUUUCCCUUAACCUCCGGUCUAACAUGGAACUGUAGUCUAGUAGUGUACAUGUUUAAUCACUGUAAACCGAAAGACUAUUUUGUUUUUAGGUCAGACAAGAAUCUUCUAUACAAAUAAUCAAAGAUUAAUUCAAAGUUUAUGUAUACUGCAGUCAUCAUCAUAUAUGAAGGUUUUUUUCAAACAGAAAGAUUAGAAGAUCAAUUAUUUACUAAAUUCUUUGAAUAAAAAACUUCUUCUUUGACACGACUCUCGGUUUCUCCUUGAUUCUAUAUGUGAUGAUGACUAAACAUUAAAAAUUGCUAAAGUCUAAAAGAAAUUUCAUAGAAAACAAAACCUUUCAAACAGAAACAUCCUUUCUCGAAAGUCUCAUGUUCUCUUGUUUCUCUGUUGGUGUAAGAGAGCGGCAAAUCCCAGAAAGACAUAAAAAACGUCUUUACAAGACACCUCUCUCUCUCUCUCUAUCUCUCUCUCAUUUUACCGGUGAAUGUUCUUAUGGGUUAGCCGGAUUCUUAGUCAGAAUACCAAAAGUUGAUUGCUUGUGGGUUUUCUUCCAAGAAAUGGUGCAGUACCACAGACUUAUCAAAAAAGGAGAGAAACUUAAAGUUUCAGUUGAACAAGGUUGUUCCGGUGCCACCCCCGUCUCCGUCUCCGGCGACGUAUACCUAAAGAGUGCAAAACAGAAGAUUCUAUUGAUUAUUUUUAUUUCUUUCCUCUGUUGCUGUUACAUCUUCAGCUUCUCCUCUUUCUCUCUCAUUGAUGCUUUUAGCAGAGAAGAUGGACUUAUGCCUUAUGAACAGUUCAUUGCACCUCUAUGUUCAGGAUUCUCCUAUGGAACAAUUUGUUGUGACAGAACCGGUUUUAGAUCCGACAUUUGUAUCAUGAAAGGAGACGUUAGAACACACUCUGCUUCUUCAUCAAUCUUCCUCUUCACAUCCCUCAAAAACAAGUCCAAAUCCCCUGAGAAGAUCAAACCUUACACAAGGAAAUGGGAAACAAGCGUGAUGGAAACCGUUCAAGAACUCGAUCUCGUUUACAGAGAUGCCAACGAUGAACAUCAUAACAACAACAACGUCUGCGAUGUUGCGUACCAUAACGUUCCCGCUGUCUUUUUCUCAACGGGCGGAUACACUGGAAACGUUUACCACGAGUUCAACGAAGGGAUCAUCCCUCUGUUCAUCACUUCGCAUCAUUUCAACAAGAAGGUUGUGUUUGUGAUCGUUGAGUAUCGUAACUGGUGGGUUACCAAGUACGGUGAUAUCCUCUCUCAGCUCUCUGAUUAUCCACCGGUGGACUUCAGUGGCGACAAGAGAACGUACUGUUUCAAGGAUGCUAUCGUGGGGCUAAAGAUUCACGACGAGUUGAGUGUUGUUCCAUCGUUAAUGCUUGGGAAUAAAACGAUUCUUGAUUUCAGAAACGUGUUGGAUCAUGCUUAUUGGCCACGUAUCCAUGGAUUGAUUCAAGACGAAGAAGAAGCAGAGAACAAGACUGGUACAAGGUCUCGAGAUUUCAAACCGAGACUGGUGAUCAUGUCAAGAAACGGAUCGAGAGAGCUGCUGAACGAGAAUCUUCUGGUGGAACUAGCCGAGGAGAUUGGUUUCUCUGUUGAGGUUUUGAGACCGGACAAAACAACAGAGCUGGCGAAAAUCUACAGAUCUUUGAACUCUAGUGAUGUAAUGAUCGGUGUUCACGGAGCUGCGAUGACGCAUUUCCUUUUCUUGAAACCGAGAACAAUGUUUAUACAGAUCAUACCGUUAGGAACCGAGUGGGCUGCUGAGACUUACUAUGGAGAACCAGCCAAGAAGCUGAGGUUGAAGUACAUUGGUUACAAGAUUAAACCGAGAGAGAGCUCUUUAUACUAUGAAUAUGGUGGAGAUGAUCCGAUAAUCAGAGAUCCAAAGAGUUUUACUAGAAAAGGAUGGAACUACACUAAGAAAAUUUAUCUUGAGCGCCAAAACGUGUCGCUUGAUCUGAAUGGAUUCAAGAAACCGUUGUCUCGUGCUUACAAGCUCUCCAUUACACGAAACAAGUGAUUAAUUAAAAAUUGUUCAACCAAUCACAAAAUAGAUUACAUUUUACAUUGGUUACACAGUUUUUGAUAAAGUUAAAAAGUACAUUGAUAUACUAAAACAUCAACUAUUUUGAAACAUCAAAAGCUCCCUAAAACAUCAUCUAUUUAGUAACGGAGGGAGUAGUAUUUUAUUACCCACUAAACCUCGUUUAAGCUAUGUAUGUUUUUUUCUAUUCCAACAAAAAUUUUAAAAUACUGGAUAAAUUUUAAGAUUGUGACUU